AUGGCCAACGCGCCUGUCGUCAACAACUACUACGUCCACGAGGACGCGCAGGUGCCGGUUCCGCUCUUCUUCACGCCGAAUGUGUCGAUGGAGGCUCUCGCACUGAGCCAACAGACGAGUGCCUCCGGCCUGCGUGGGAAGCGCGGGCGGGAGCAGACGCGGCGCGAGUAUCGCGUCAACGGCGUCGCCGUGAGAACGGCAGGCCCCGCUGCGGCUGAGAAAAGUCUUCAGGGCGACGCCAUGGCUGUGGACCCGUAUGCGAAGGGCCACCAAGGCCCGCUGCGGCCCAUCUCCAGCGAGGAGGAGCGCUCCCUCCUGGACGAGUCCAUAGACUACUACAGACGCGCGAAGCUCCCACGAAAGGAACCCCUGACGUUGCCGGGCGGCGAGGGCGCCUCUGCGGAGAACAGUGCCGCCGCGCUGCGCGCUGAGCUGCGGCGACUGCAGGAGCAGCAUGACCAGCUAAGCAAACUUGUGGAGGAGACGCGGGCGGAGCUGCAACGCAGCCGUGAGGCGCUUGAGCGCUCGGAGGAGGGUGCGCGGCGCUGCGUCCAGGACCUGCGCGUGGAGGUGGCGCAGCUGCAGAAGCACGUGGAGCUGAUGGAUGGGCGGCAGUCGUCGCUUGAGGGGACCGUCGGGUCCUUCAGGGGGCUGCAGGCGCUGGUGGACACCGUCCGCGGCGACGUCGCCGCGCUCCGCGGUGAAGUGAACCAAAAGUCUACCGCCAUCGCCCUUUUAGAGAGGUCCGUCGACGACGCCAAGAGGCAAACGGCGGCCCGCCCAGCGGCGACGGAAGUGCCGUCGUUCGCGCGCCCUCCCGUGAACCCCACCGCGACGGCGACUGAGGCCAACCCUGCAAAGGCCUCAGCAGCGCCAGCGAACCCUUUUGCAUUCGGAGGCGGCGCCACCGCCGCGACUGGGACGGGGCUCGCCUCUGCUGCGAAGGCCGAUGCAACUCGCUCCGGGCCUGCAGCCGAGCAGACGAAUCCCUUUUCGUUUGGUGGAGCCGCAGCAAGCACGCCGGCGACCGCGCCGGGGUUCGGGGCUCCCGCAAUGACGCUGAGGACACCCGGCGAGGGCUCCGCAUCGAUGCCCAAGAAUCCGUUUUCGUUCGGCGCACCCUCGGCGAGUGCAGCGGCCGUGACUCCCUCCGGCCCCGGUGGUGCGACGACUUUGACCGAGCCCGCCGCAGGAGAGGCGACAGCGACUCUGGCGGCCACCGCCGCCGCAGCUGCUCCGCCUAGUGGCGCCGGCAGUGCACCCGCCCCCGCCUUUGGCGCCAAGGCAGCGGAGGCGGGCGGCAACUCCGCUGCCAACGAGGGGUUUGGGUUCCCAACGGAGUCCGCCAGGCCGCCACAGGCGCCGUGGCCGACUGUGGCCCCUCCCACCGCUGCCGCCGGCUCCAAUCCCUUUAGCGCCUCCUCGGGGGCGGGGGCGUUUACGGCUUUUCCCAGCGCCUCCAACGCGACGGCGUUUUCUCCGUUUGGGUCGACGGGUGCUGCCCCCGCGGCGCCGUCAAACCCGUUCGCUGCGCCCGCGUCCGUAGGCGCUCCCGCCGGCGCCGCCUCUGGUCUGCCGGGCGCUGCGUCGUUCGCCCAGCCAUUAUCCUCCCCCGUCGUGUUCAACAUGGGCGCAGGGCCGGCUGCAGGCGACGAGUCCUCCGGUCUGCAGCACAAAAAGCGGCUGCGCAAACACUACUAG